AUGUACGGCAAAGGCAAGAGUAACAGCAGCGCCGUCCCGUCCGACAGCCAGGCCCGGGAGAAGCUAGCACUCUACGUAUAUGAAUAUCUGCUCCAUGUAGGAGCUCAGAAAUCGGCCCAAACAUUUUUAUCAGAGAUAAGAUGGGAAAAAAACAUCACAUUGGGCGAACCACCAGGAUUCCUACAUUCUUGGUGGUGUGUAUUUUGGGAUCUCUACUGUGCAGCUCCAGAAAGACGGGAAACAUGUGAACAUUCAAGUGAAGCAAAAGCCUUCCAUGAUUAUAGUGCUGCAGCAGCUCCCAGCCCAGUGCUAGGAAACAUUCCCCCAGGAGAUGGCAUGCCAGUAGGUCCUGUACCACCAGGGUUCUUUCAGCCUUUUAUGUCACCUCGGUACCCUGGAGGUCCAAGGCCCCCAUUGAGGAUACCUAACCAGGCACUUGGUGGUGUCCCAGGAAGUCAGCCAUUACUUCCAAGUGGAAUGGACCCAACUCGACAACAAGGACAUCCAAAUAUGGGUGGGCCAAUGCAGAGAAUGACUCCUCCAAGAGGAAUGGUGCCCUUAGGACCACAGUCUGACCCUUGGUUAUCAUUACAGAACUAUGGAGGUGCAAUGAGACCCCCACUGAAUGCUUUAGGUGGCCCUGGAAUGCCCGGAAUGAACAUGGGUCCAGGUGGUGGUAGACCUUGGCCAAACCCAACAAAUGCCAAUUCAAUACCAUACUCCUCAGCAUCUCCUGGGAAUUAUGUAGGUCCUCCAGGAGGUGGAGGGCCACCAGGAACACCCAUCAUGCCUAGUCCAGCAGAUUCAACCAACUCUGGAGACAACAUGUAUACUUUAAUGAAUGCAGUACCUCCUGGACCUAACAGACCCAACUUUCCAAUGGGCCCUGGGUCAGAUGGUCCCAUGGGUGGAUUAGGAGGAAUGGAGUCACAUCACAUGAAUGGCUCUUUAGGCUCAGGAGAUAUGGACAGUAUUUCCAAGAAUUCUCCCAAUAAUAUGAGCCUGAGUAAUCAACCGGGCACUCCAAGGGAUGAUGGCGAAAUGGGGGGAAAUUUCUUAAAUCCUUUUCAGAGUGAGAGUUACUCCCCUAGCAUGACAAUGAGUGUGUGAUCCAUUACCAAGUCUCCUCAUGAAAACCACAGUGAGUCAGCCCUUCACAGAACUACUACGGAAGAAAAUUAUUCAUCACAGUGUACAGUUAAACAAAGGAAUCUCAGUCACACCAAACCAACCUUUUUAUUCCCUGCUCUCUCCCCUAUUUUUUGAAGAAAGCGGGUCCAAACGUGAUUCAACAACUGUACAGAGCGGCAUAUUAGGAUUGCCCUAAACUGAACUGCAAAUAAUUAUCUGUGUAUGUAUAUGUGUGGGAAAGAGAAUGUAUUGUAUAUGUGUAUGUUAUAUGGACAUAUGCACAUACAUACAUUGACCCACAGGACAUUGUAAAAUAUUAUUACAUGACAUCUUAAGUAGAAAUAAGUAGGGACUUUUAUUCCAUCCUUUUUUUCACGUUUACAUUUUAAUUAUUAAAAGUUGCUCCUGCCCCUCCCUGAACUAUUUUGUGCUGUGUAUAUCACUGCUUUAUAUAAGUUAUUUUUUAAGGUGAACUCAGAUGUUAUGGUUUUGUAAAUGUCUGCAAUCAUGGAUAGGAAUAAAAUUGCUUAUUUGAGAGCUUUCAUUAAAUUGCGUCUGAUGCAAGUUAUCCUGUGAAUCACAAGGUGUACUGUCUAAAAACAAAAAAAAGGUGUGUCCUCAUCCUCUGUCAAAUGAAACAAUUUCUCAGUUACCUAGUGAAAAGUAUUUUUGUACUUUUUAUUUAGGAAAAAUACUUCAACUGGGGCCUAAUGCCAUAUAUUUCUGCAAGAACUGCUUUAGAUGGAAUUCUUGAUUUGUCUUUGAUGAUACAGAAAAUCAUUAAUUAGCCCCACCUGCUUAGACUAUAGCAAUAAAAUGACAGGGGUCAUCAUAUUUUUAGAAACAUAUUUUCUCUCUAACAUGAUGAAGCCCAGAAGUGAUAACAAAACCAUUUGCUUGAAUUUGUCACUUCUCACUAGGAAUAGUAGAGCUAAAUUUUUAAUAACAUGCUAAUGGAAAAUGGUAUCUGAUUUUUACUCAGACCUCUUGUGAACAUUUCCACAUAGACACUGCAAAGAAUAUACAUUCACAUGACUGAGAGUUUCAGCAGAAGGGGAAAAGAGUUUUUACUGCGCCCGAGGGGCUCUGAAGUACUGCUUUUCUAUCCGCGUAGCUUGCUGACUAGCAGCAGACCUGACUGGUAACAGUCCCAUCUGAGAAUACCUCCCUGGCAGCGAGGCCCUGCUCUGUUCCCAGGAUGUAAGACUUUUGUUUCAAGGGAAAUCAUUUGUAGUAGCUGUAUUCACCUGGCCAUUGACUUCAGCAGACUAAAUCUACAUUGUGUAAAUGUUCAGAAAAGAAUGCAUUAAUGUGAAAAAUUAAAAAAAAAAAACAAAACACUUCCCUUAUGCUAAA